AUGGAGGCGCAAGAGGAGGUGGUGAGGCUACUACAGAACCUGGCCGUGGAGCCGGGGGGCCAGCGGGCGGCCGAGCGGGAGAACGUGCCGGACGGACAGCGGGCGGCCGAGCACGAGAAGCUCGUCAUGCCGGACAGGCAGCUGGUGGCCGAGGAGGAGGAGGUGCUGGACGGGAGGCUGGUGGCUGAACAGGAGGAUGAGCACGAGAAGCUCGUCAUGCCGGACGGGCAGCUGGAGGCCGAGCAGGAGAAGGUGCUGGACGGGCAGCUGGAGGCCGAGCAGGAGAAGGUGCUGGACGGGCAGCUGGAGGCCGAGCAGGAGAAGGUGCUGGACGGGCAGCUGGAGGCGGAGCAGGAGAAGGUGCUGGACGGGCAGCUGGUGGCCGAGCAGGAGAAGGUGCCGGGCCCUACGGAGAGCGGUGGGGAAGCCCAGGUUCCUCUGUCCCCAGCCGUGGGACCGCGCCGCUCGCCGCCGCCCGCUUGGCCCGGCCCGAUCGCUGCCGCCCUGCCCUCGUCGGACUCGGACAGUGAUACAGAUUCAGAUAGUUCAUCAACUACACUCUCCUCGUCAUCUUCAGCAGUAUCAGAAGAAGAUGAUCAUCUAAAUGAGAAGGAUAAUAGAACACCCUGUAUUAGGACAAAGGAUGAGUUGCCUAUUGAUAAAUUGCCUCCUGUUGAAGACUUAUCAGUAAUUCUUCCAGAUGAUGUUGAACUGAAGCUCUUUGGGACAGUUUCCAGCAUCGUUGAGCAGCUAGUAAUAAUUGAAUCACUGAGGGGCCUACCUCCAGUAAAUGAGGAAAGCAUAAUUUUUAAAGAAGAUCGGCAAGUAGCAGGAAAGAUAUUUGAGAUCUUUGGUCCUGUUUCACAUCCUUUUUAUGUGAUGAGAUUUAACAGCUCUGAGCAUAUCAAAGAGAGAGGUAUUAAUGUGCAAGAUAGCAUGUAUUUUGCUCCAUCAGUUAAGGACUUCACCCAGUAUAUAUUUGCAGAGAAACUAAAACAGGAAAAAGGUUCAGAUGCAUCUUGGAAGAAUGACCAAGAACCACCACCUGAAGUUUUGGAGUUCAGUGAUGAUGAGAAAGAAAAGGAGGCAAAACAGAAGAAAAAGAAGCCUCACAGUCAAGGAAGGAAGAAAGUCAGAUCAGAAACACUUCCAUCAAGUGAGAAUAAAGAAUUUCAUCAGUCAGUGCAACAGCCUGCUUCAAGUUACGCAAGAGGAUACCAUGGCAGAGGGUUCUUCAGGGAUCUGUUUCCUCCUCCAUCAGGCCCUCGAGGGUUUUUCAGGCCCCAAGUAAGACCACCACAGCUGUACUCUACAGACAGGAGGAUAUACCAGGAAUCACCAGUGUUUCCACCACCUUACAGAAAAGAAUAUCCAAUGACGCAACAGUAUGCCUUUCCUCCUCCAGAUUUUGGUUAUGUCAGUGAUGGGUAUCAAUUCCACCCUCCACCUUCAAACAUGAAUAUGAUGUGGACAGGCCCAAACAUGUACAAUUCAUCCUACUCGUUUCUGUCACUGCCGCCACCACCACCGCCGCCGCCGCCACCUCCUCCAGACUGCCACCCUCCUCAGUUCAGGCCUUACUAAAAUUCCAUAUGUGUCCAUGUAGAGCCCUGCAGUUUACAGGGAGAAAGAACUGCCUGCCAGGACUGCAUUCCUUUAUUCUGGAGAUGGUUUCUUUUACUGCAGCAGAACAAAUGCAGAGUUUUGUGCUUUGUGGGACAUCUGCAGAAAAUUAUUUUUUUCUGUAUGUUACCUGUUUCCAAAAAGAAAUUUAUAUGAUAAAAGUAACUGAAUAUUAAGUAAUGGUUUAUUUUUAUAGUAUCUGCUACUUAAAGAUGAUAAA